UCAGAGCAGGACAGAGCAGCACAUCACAGCAUGGCCACAGAUGUGAGCGGCGGCAUUGAUAACACUCCUCUGUACCGCCAGCUGGAUGCGUACGACUGGGCUGGCGACCAGGAAUUCCAAGGAGGUCUGGCAGCUAUCCUGGGCUCAUCAGCACAAGAUCCCCAGCAGGUCGCCCAUCUCACUCUCCGCGCCAAGUGCUACUACUACGCCCGCAAAUCGGGAAUACCUGUCGAUUUCGAUGGUUACAAGAACUGGGUAGAGACGCGAGACGGCAACGGGGUGGUUGAGGAAUGUGCAGCGCCAGCCCCGCCCGCCGACGAUGGAGGCAUGGGCAAUGCCCCUAAGCCUGCGAGCUUUGCUGAGAUUUGCGAUAUGAUUGCAGAAGGAAAGCCGAUUCCUGGCAUCAAGGACAUUCCAGACACUGUUCUGGAAGGGCAGGCUUCAGAGACGCAACUUGAGACGAGGAAGAAGCCAUGGGAGAAGAAAUCUGGCGCCGAAGAAGAGAAACCAAGCUGGAUGACCUGAUGUCUGUUGGCUCGUUAUCACAGAACGAGUGCCUGUUCGUCCGCGACGGAUAAGUGUACUUCCAUGUAUCACGGAUCGUAGCUGUGCCCUAGGUCUCAAGCCCCAAGCCCAUACUGCUGCUCUCUCUCACCGACCACUCGUUCGAUAGCGACGGCGCCGGCCAAAUACCCCGUUUAGUCUGUGGCAAGUGAACAGCUCGAGUGUUCCACGCCCUUCGCGUUGCGAUCACUGUGGAUGUGAAGCUCCUCCCGUCGCGAUCGAUCGAAAUAUCUCCAUCCUUUGAACCGGACGAGCAGCGCAGAUCCAUCAUCGGCUAGCGCGGGCAGCGCGCAUCUCACGCGAAUUUGCUUGAGGAAAGGCGAGGGCCACAGACCUAGGCACGUUACAAGACAUAAUCGGCAGAUUCGGCCCCGUUGGCACCAAUAUUGUGGGCAGUGUUGACGCUUGGCAGACCUGUCAAGCUCUGUAUCCCCAUGGCAUUGUCUGCUCACGUCAACGGCGCCGCAAAGCUUGGCAUCGGCGUCCAUUUUUGUGGAGGAUUUUGAUUACACGCGUCUGGCCGCAAACGGUACAAUGUCUCACUCGCGUGAACCACUGGUUCUUGCGCCUCAUCUGCUUUCUACCUAUCCUCCGAUUGGCGUUUCGCAUAGAGAGGUUCUCUAACUGAGACAACCACAUCACCUGAUCGCUAUCGCUCCCAUGAUUGGCUGGGCAUAUGUCGAUCAUACUCCUACGCGUAUCUCCGCAAGAAGUCUCGAAUGCUGCAGGGCGUCUCAAAGCUAGGUCGUGAGCUUGAUCGCCAGCACGUGAGUGUCGUGAAGAAAGGGAAUCAUUGUUCUCUACUCAUCAGCUCGAAUACCUCCUACCUACCUACCUUGGUUCUUGAUGGGUGUGGCGCCCCGGAUUCCACUUAUCCCUCCGAACGGCUGAAACGUUUUCCGCCAGGGUCGUAAGUCGUCAAGGGCAUAGGCUAUCAGAAUGACCGCAUCGUGGUAGGAUUGGUCAGAGAAUGCUGCGGGUUCGACCAAAAUCGCCACUCGGACAAAGAUGUACCAUUUCGUGUGUGCAAUCCUCUGACGAAUCCAGAAUGGUAUGUGUCGAUAGCUCAUCAACUGCAUGAUGGGGAUGCUGUUUGUUGGCUCGAUUUGGGGCCACUGACGAGAUGUCACGCAGACACAAUUCCCACGAUCCACAAAUCUAGUAGGAUGUAUUGCAUGUAUAUAUAUGUUUCUGCAAGAGCCUUGCUCAAGGAACAUUCUGAUUCUCACAGCGCCAUCGACUUGUCCUAUACAACGUGGAACAACGCACUUCAUCAUUAUGCAUCUUAUUUAUCCAUUCGCAGCUCUGGUAGCCACUGCCCUUGCACUGCCAGCUCAGCUGGUGGAGCACAAUGAAGUCCAAGCUGUAGCAGGCGUAGCGCUGCUUCUCACUCCAGAGGGUGCCCAAGAGAUCCACGAGAAACGUCAAACCAGAAUGAGACACACAUCCACCGCCAGGUCGAGCACUACAAGUGUACGACCCACCAGCACGACUACCGCUUCGAGAACCACUUCGACCAGCACAAGGUCAAGCAGCACGAGCUCUGGUGCCAGCCCUACAGGCACUCUUCCCUUGACUCUUGCCCAACGCGCCGUCCUCCACCACAACCUCCACCGCAGGAACCAUUCCGCUCCGGACGUAACCUGGGACACUACCCUGGCCGGGUACGCUCAGACUCUCGCCGAACGCUGCAGUUUCCAACACAACACUUCCAUUGGAGGCAGCGCCUAUGGCCAAAACAUUGCAGCAGGGCUCAAGGACAACAAUAUUACUUCCGUCAUCACCGAUCUCUGGUACGGUAGUGAGUUCAAUGCUUACCUGCCCUCUUAUUAUGGCCAGGAGCCCGACAUGAGCAAGUUUGGCUCUUUUGGGCAUUUCACUCAGGUGGUGUGGAGCACCACAACCACCAUUGGGUGUUUCGUGGCGGACUGCUCGAAGACGGGUCUCGCGAAUGUGGGUAGUAACGUGCCUCCGUACUUGACGGUUUGCAACUACGGGCCACCCGGAAACUAUAUCGGAAACUUUGGAAAGAGUGUCGGCAAGCCGCUGGGACAGGCCAUCGCGAAGUGGAACACUGGGUUGUCAUAAGAGAUUUUUUGACCGCUUUUCGACUGCGGAAGGGGGUUUUUUAAACUGUCUUUCAUUGACCGAUGAUUGAUAUCAGGAGUGAAGCAUUUUUGUUUUCCUCCUCAGACAUGAUUUCAUAUAACGAACAUAGAGAUGAACAAAUUCAAUUCUGCAAUGGAC